UGUGGUAGACACAAGCUGACAUUGAGGAAGACAAAUCGAAACAGAAUGGAGCUCUUUCUAAUGCUUUCCACACUGAGCGUCACUCCCAACAGAUGUCAGUUCUUUAAGUAUGAGCACAUCUCUCUGAGGUGUGCGACACCUGCAAACUCCAACGGCUGGACAGUGAGAAGAAACACUUCCUUUAGCACGUCUGAGGGAUGUGAGGUUGGCAUGGGGAUCCAAGAUGAGUCCUCCUGCACCAUAGAGGAUGCCUUCCCAUCAGACACCGGAGUGUACUGGUGUGAGUCUGGGCAGGGAGAGUACAGCAACAUCAUCAACAUCACAGUGACAGCUGGUGCCGUGAUCCUGGUGAGCCCUGUACUUCCUGUGACAGAGGGAGAUAAAGUGACACUUUGCUGUUCAUACAAGAAAGAACAGCAGGAUGACUCUACGUCAGAUUUGUCUACAUUCUACAGAAAUGAUGUUUUCAUUGGAAAUGAGCCUGCAGGAAAGAUGAUCCUCCCAGCGGUGUCCGAGUCUGACGAAGGCUUCUACAAGUGUAAACACCCCACAAAAGGAGAAUCACCACAGAGCUGGCUGUCUGUGAAAGCUCGGCCUCCAGAUGUCCCUCCUACUAGGCCUACUCCUCCUCCUAUGUCACUGCCCAGGCUUGUGUGUUCCGGCCUGCUGUUUAUUUUCUACAAUGCCAUAUUCAUAGUGUGCAUAUACAUGUACCGAAGGUGGGCUCGAGCAAGAGCUUCUGAUCAUCAUGCACUGGAAUGAAGAGGAGGAGCGAUGAUAUAUGAUAAAAGCAAGAAAACACUUAUAAACACUAUAAAAUAAAUAAAAUGUUGUUGUUUUUUGUUUGCCCACAUGUGCUCAUGCACACGCACACACAAACACAUGCACGCACACACACACACACACACACACACACACACACACACACAGUCCUUAAUAUGCAGAUCUCUUUGUCUUCUCUCUGUUAUGUGCAUUUGUCAAUUUGAUGUCGUGUUUUUUGCUUUGUUUAGUUUGUAAAUAAAUGCUUGUUUUUAAUUUUUAUAUUGCAUCAGAAUUCAUAUAUACCCAUUCUUUUCCAUGUAUAACUCCAAAUCCUUCAACUGACUGGCUGUUAAUGGUAAUUUUGAUAGUUAUUGAUUUAAUUAUUAAUCAGAAUACCAAAUUAGUAGUUUAUUAUAGCUUAAUGAGACUGAAUUAGGUAAUUGGCUAUCAAGUUUCUCUUGUUAUAAAAGUGGUGCCCCUAAUAUAACUUUCAUUGUCUGGACUUCCAAAGUUGGUGAGAGAGCGGUUUCUGCAUUGUGUGUUUGCUCAAGUUCAUUCAAAUUUCUCAUGUUCAUAUAGGUUACGUAUGAUUUUGUGGACCGUUAUGGACCACUUCCCUCCUUCAGAUGUGACCUUGUUGUGAAUAGCUGUUGGUGAGUCCACUACAUUGACCAGAUGUCCGAAUCCUGUCCUGUCUUUCCUGACACCAGACAGUUGACUUCAUCAACAAAAAUAAUACAUUUCUGCAUUGAGUUUUGACUUUCACAUGAUGUAAUGUUCCUAUUACUGGAGGCCUCGACCAUCCCCAACUCCCGUGUCCCACCUGUCACCUAUUCUCAUCUGGUCACCCUGACCUACAGUAUGCUUCGCGCUGUGAGUUUAUAAUGUGGCAUGUAACAGCUCAGUGGGUGUUUUUGUUGUAAUCUAUGGGAAGGCCAUCCAUUCCUGAAGCUUUUUAAAACCCUUUUGUAGUCUUAACGUUCUGUUUACUCCCCUUGUUCUAAGAGUCGAAAAAGCUUAAUUAAAAUUUUAAACCCCAAAUCUAUUUUGCAUGAAGGAACAACCUGUCAGUCAUCACAAAGACUGCAUUAAAUCACUGGGCACCACAACACAA